CAUUGUUCCGUUCAAGUGAUCGAAGGUUAUGCAAAUUUGUGGAUCUCUGUUGUUUAUAUAGCAUCAGGUUUCGGCUUUGUAAUACUGUAGAAAUUCUGAAGAUUUUGUUACGGUUUGAUAGUCCAAAACGUCCUCCUCUGCUGCGUAUGAUAUUUUGGUUUUUGAGAACACUAUGAAGAUAAUCGGAGAUCGGAUAUUUUGACCUCAGGUUUAACAACUCGUUUCUUGAAUAUCUUAUUCUUCCAGUCGCAUGGGAAUUUCAAUCCAAACAUGGAAUUUCUGUUUUCCUGGGUUUUUUUGGGUUUCAGGGCAUGGAUUCACCUUGAUAUCUAUAUGUGCCGUUAGGUCAACUAAGAAAGUACGUUCUAGGAGGGCUAGGGUAACAUAGCCAUGUAUCGUUGACUUUGAAAUCGGAGAUGGAAGAACAAUUUGAAACUUUGGAAAUCAGUUCUUCUACCAGGUAUCUUAAGUAGAAGCAGUUUCGUUCAUCUUUCUAUUUGGGAACGAGUAUUUAGAUACGAUGGCAGAUGCGCAUAAAAGUGGCGGUGAUAAUGAUAAAAUAGAACAUAAAGCUAUCUUGUUGUAUUUAAAAGACGCUAAAAUAAAUUUACGUUAUCAUUCGCUAAAGGCCCUUAUCGACAGUAUCGACUUCCUUGAACGAGGAUUUGUUGAACUUCUUAAAUGCAAUGACGAAGUGACAAAUUCUGAGUCGAGAGAACUUAUGAAAACAAAUCUCAGUGGCAUGGAGCAUAAAGUUUGGAGUGCAAUGGAAAAGUUAAUUAAUACAUUCGAAAGUUUAAAAACUGGCUCAAAAAGCUUCGACGUUGCAAAGGAACAAUUUCAAAAAGCCCGUGAAAAAGCAACUGAAGCCUUCAGCAGCAUAGGCUCAAAAUUGUGUGACAGAAUAUUUGCUGUAACAAUCAUGGUCGUGGCGCAAAUUUUGGAAAGCUUUUAUUACCCAGAGAAAGCCGACGACUUGUGUUUAUUUUACGUGAAAAGGCUGCAUGAAAUGAAUGACGUUCGUGAAAUAUUCUCUGCUCACAUUAAUGGAGGCUUUCGAUCGAAAUUCACAAAAUUCAGACGAAUUGAGAACAUAAAAUCAGUGAUGUCUCUUAACUGUAAAUUGUAUCAGUUCAUAGUAAAGAUCAGAGGCAACCAUUAUCAUACAGACAAUUGGCCAACAAUUCAACUUCGACAAGGAAAAGUGUUCAAUCCAAUUUUUCAUAAAAUUUUUACUACAACUUCUUCUGAUAAAGAAUUGACUUUUCACAAGAAUUCAAAGUUCAGUGUAAACAGAGAUGGUGACUUCGUUUUAUGUAGCAGUCACAAAGAUACGAAGACAAAUGCUGAAACGGCUAUCGCCAAUUCAUUUUAUAAACAGAGGGAAAAAGCCGUUAAAGUUUCACUGGAUGAGCCUGUUUCAGUGAGUGUGAAUGAAGAACGUUCAAUACACGUUCCAAUGAGCGUUCCACCUUCGUUGGAUUAUUCUUUUUGUUAAAACGGAAAGAGUAUACAGAGUAUGUUCCGCGUAAACAAAGUACAGACAGUAUUGAAAAUUUGACAAGACUAUAAAACUCUAUAAUAUUCAGUGAGCAUAUUAUAGAAAGUGUAUAAACAUGUGUCCUUCAGGCUAUCACCAUGAUAAAAUGGUGACUUCUGCACUUGGAACACAGGAUCUACGGUACAUAUAUAUAUAUAUAUAUUCGCUAUUCUGCACGCUAUUCUGCUACAAAGUUGAAAUCAAUAUUAGCUUAUUGUUACACAUUCCUUGUUAACUCUAUUCAAUCUUUCACAAUUGUAAAUCAAGUUAAGUUAAAGUCAUUCACAGGUAUUCCUAUUUGCCAGAUGUACUAAUAAUAGAUUAUUCACCAUAUAGUAAAGUAUAGUUCAGCCGUUCAUGGUGUUUUCACUGUUA